AUGACUAAGCUUACAAAACCAAAGUACAUGAAAAUACUCGACAUCCAAAAAGUACUGAAAUACAUUUUUAUUGAUGAAAAGAGGCCCCGCUACAUCCAGCUCAAUCCAAAGCCUAAAAGCGUAGCUAUUGUUUAUGUUAGCCAAAAUGUGGACAUUUCAAGUCUGAAAGUUGAGCAAGGGGAUUCUUCAACAGGAACUAUUUUAGUUAAAAAAGACUUGCGACUUCCAAGGAAAGACAGUAUCAAAAACGACUCAAGUAUUUACUCGACGUCUGGAUGGGAAAAUAAGGAAAGUGGCGUUGAUCCUAACCAGUUAAGCUCUUUUGAAGUUUUCUUAAAGAAUCAAGGAUAUUUAAGAGUCCAUUUAAAUGAAGGGAUAUCCCCCAAGGAUCUGUUUAAAAAUAUUUUAAAGUCCGUGGAUGUCAAAGACUCAACACUUUCCGUAAUAACACCUGAAAACCUUAUAUUAAUAGAGAAACACAACAUCCUUCAUAUGUUUUCAUAUUCAAAGUUCAUAAAAAGCCAAGCCAAUUUUGACAGUUCUAUUUUUGACUCAUAUUCAAAACCUAAGAUCCCAAGCCCCUAUUUUCUAAUUGCCAUAGACUGUGAAAUGAUGCAAUGCGAGAAUGAGACUCAAGUUGGAAGAGUUUCUAUGCUUGAUCAUACCGGUAGAAUAAUAUAUGACAAAUUUAUAAGACCUAAAGCCAAGGUUACUAAUUAUUUGGAGCAGUAUUCUGGAUUAAAUGAAGACAAUACAAGUGGAGGAAUAGCAUUGGAAAAACUGAAUGAGGAUCUACUUUCAAUCAUUGGAACUAACACUUAUCUGCUUGGACAUGGCCUAGAAAAUGAUCUCGAAGCUUUAUGUUUUUACACAGAUAAGGUCAUAGAUACAUCAUAUCUAUUUUUGAACAGCGACGGCUACAAAAUUAAGCUGUCACAGCUCAGCAAAAUAUAUUUGGGGGAUCAGAUUCAGAAUAAGAGCCAUUGCCCAACGGAGGAUGCUCUAUGCUGUUUAAAGCUAUUGGCUUUCAAAAUAUCUCAGCUUAGGAACUUUUUUGAUCCAAGCGGGGCAGUAUUAGAAUUGGGGGUAAAUCCUAAGAACAUUAAAAAGUUAGAGGACACUUACAAGUCAGAGGGGUUGUUUUUCCAUGAAGAAUCCGACGUUGAUAAAUUAAGUAAUUUUGUAAAGCAUCACCCUGAUUUGUUCAUUAUUUUCAUAUAUCAAAUAAAAGAUCAAAAAUAUAUUGCACUUAAGCAAAAAACACAAGAAUAA